GUCGAUGCCUCGCCUCGUUGAUCGACUCAUCAGGCCUGACUGCUGCUGCCGACGGCGCGCACGCGCACAGACGCAAGCUGGAGCGCACCCUCCGUCGCCGCCAUAUUGGAUGGGUUUUCCUCUCUCGGCUAGCCAAAGGAAGUAAACACAGAGCCAGCUACCACCAUGCCCGUGUUUUGUGCAGCCUACGGAUGUAAUAACCGGCGCAGUGUUGACAGCAGAUCACGUGGGAUCACCUUUCACAAGUUUCCCAGUAACACGGACUUGAAAAGGCGAUGGGAAGCUGCACUAGGAAGGAAGGGCUUUGUCGCUACGCAGGCGUCCAAGCUCUGUAGUGAACACUUCAAGAAAGAGGACUUGGACAGGACUGGUCAGAUUGUGAGGCUUAGAGAUGGUGUGACCCCAUCUGUCUUCAACUUCCCCCCUCAUUUAAAAAAACCUGUAGCAACAAGGAGCACAAAAACGUCAAGAAAAGCUAAACAGAGCCUGCCAGUGGACCUUUGUCAGCAUUCCCCUCAAAGUGCACCUCCUCAGCUCAAUGAUGACCACUCCUAUGCAUUGCCCACUUCGCCGACUCGUCUAAAGGCCAUACUCAGGGAAGCUUUGAGUAGAGUGGAGAGUCUGGAGCGGGAGAAGAUAAAUGCAAAGGCCCGAGAACGAAGAGCAAAUAAAUGCAUAAAGAGACUUCUGGUUUCAGUUUGGAGCUUGCGGACACAAUCAGAGGAUGCCAAGCCUGGGCACAACACAGUGAUGUUAGACAUGUCACACAGAAGACAUGAAGAGGACCCUGCUGUCCACCAUCAGAUUCUGGGCUCUAACUGAACUGUCCCUCACCAGCAGGAGUGGCAGAGUACUCCUCAACUUGCCACUCAUCCUCGGGCCAAACAAAGACUUUGUUUUUUUUUCCUCCUUUCAUAACAGACGGAAAAACUGAAGGACUGUCCAGGCCUUCAUGAAGAUGUUAUUGGUGUGUACAGGGGAGUUAUGUUUAUUUUAGUUGGGCAUACGGCUUCCUCGAUAGAAGUAAACGCACUUGGGGGCAUGUGAGGGACCCAUCCAAGAUGGCGGCCGUGCCGAUACGUCAGCUCCAGCAUGCAGCGCUGGUGUCUGUGUAAAUGUCUAUGCGCAUGAGCGGCUGAAUCUUACUCCAACGCCAUUUUGUGAGUGGCAUUUUCCCAAAGAACAUAUCUGACAGCUGUACAAGACAUUUCUGUUCUGAGAAUUAAGCUGCUUUGAGGUUUUCACUGACGCAGUGGUCCGUUUGCAGCACAAGGCUUUUCUAUUUCAUGUUAAAUAAAAUAAGAAAACAAA